AUGGAAUCAUCGUAUUAUGAUGAUGUUGAUCUACAUUCCCUUGGUUCAGUGGAAAAUGAAACAGACGACAGUUUUAACGAUGAAUUAAAACCCGAAGAAAAUAAAGGCGUUGAAAAUGAUCCAGCACUCUGGCCAUCGAUUCUUAAGCAAAGAGAAAAAGAAGAGUUAAUCAAAAAAAAAAAAGUUCAACGAGAUUAUCUGAUAUGGAGCCAAUCGUCUAACUCUCUAUUUUGUUUCCCGUGUUUUUUAUUUGGGUGUGAAAAUUCCGGAUCCUAUGGGGAUCGAUCUCUUCUUCGCUGGAAUGGAGGAAUAAAAAAUGACUGGAGAAAAUUGAGUGAUCGUAUCAAAAGCCAUCAUAGCAACCCAGUUCAUCAAAGUCAUUAUCUCAAUUGGAAGACUUUGCACUCAGCUCUUGUCGAUCAGCGCGGGAUCGACUCAGAGUUCCAAAAGGCACUAGAAAAGGAAGUAGCCAGAUGGUGUGAAAUACUUCGUUGUAUUUUAGAUGCAAUUUUAUUUUUAACAUCUCAAAACUUAUCCUUUAGAGGGCAAUAUUCGUCGAUGGAGAAGAACGAGAAAGGGAACUUUUUAAGUUGCCUUGAACUUAUUUCUCAUCACAACGAAACAUUAAAGAAUCAUCUUGAAACAGUUGCUCGUCAUCAAAAUAAAGGCACCAGAAUGCAAGCUCACUAUCUCUCCUGGCUAUCACAAAACGAAUUCAUCAGUGAAUGCGUUUCAUUAGUUCAAGCAGCAGUUGUGAAAGAAGUAAAAGAUGCCGUUUAUUUUACGAUAAUUACCAAUGGGACCCCAGAUGUAUCUCACACCGAACAAAUCACGUUUAUUCUUCGAUUUGUGCGAUUCAAAUCGGGUAAGAUGAUUUGGAAAGUUAAAGAACGAUUUCUCAGCGUUGAAGAUAUGGAGAAAAAGAAAGGUGUAGAUAUUGCUUAUUUAAUUUGCAACGUUUUAGCGAAAGUUAAUCUCGAUUAA